AUGGAUACUGAUACUUCCAAGUCUCCCUCAAAUAAGGCUAUUGAGGAUGCAUCUCCGGUCGAGGUGGCCCAUGGCCAGGUCGUGGGUCUCUCUGAUAUGCCCAUGAAGCGGCGAUUCAGCAUCCUGAGCAUCAUCGCGGUGGGCUACAACAUCUCUAAUAGUUGGGUGGCUAUUGCAGCGAGUUUUGCCAUUGCUAUCCAGUCUGGUGGUGCCCCGUCCCUGCUGUACGGCAUCAUCGCCGUCACCGUCGCCAUGCUGGCCACCGGAUUGACGCUGGCCGAGCUGGCCAGCGUUUAUCCCACCGCGGGCGGACAGUACCAUUUCACUUCCAUCCUGGCUUCGCCUCGAUGGAGUCGCAGUUUGUCGUAUUUCAGCGGUCUGGCAGCCGUUGCUGAGUGGCUAAUGCUGGCAGCGUCCAUCGCUCUGGCGUCCUCGCAGGCUCUCAUGGCCGUUGUAAUCCGAUGGCAGCCAACAUAUGUGCCCCAGUCGUGGCAUUACUUCCUCGUCUACCAGGUGUUCAAUGCGGGCAUCAUCGUAUACAAUAUCUUCUUGACUAACAAGACGCUCUGGGUCUAUAACGUCGGCUUCCUCCUCUCCUUAAGUGCCUUCCUGGUAAUCACCGUCACCUGUCCUGCCCGCUCAUCCGCGUCGAUCGACUCGACCCAGGUCUGGUCACACUUCGCCAACGGUUCCGGCGGCUGGCCCGACGGCAUCUCCUUCUUGACCGGGCUUUCCACGCCUCAGUUCAUGCUCUCCGGACUGGAUGCCACCCUGCAUCUGGCGGAAGACUGUCUCGAGCCGGAACGCAUCGUACCGCGGGCGGUGCUUGUCACCGUGCUGGUGGGAUUCUUCACUGCGUUUCCCUUUUCCGUUGCCAUGAUCUAUAGCUAUCGUGACGUUGAGAGGUCACUUGGUACCGAGACAGGAUUCCCCAUCUACUUCAUCUGGGAAAAAGCCACUCGCUUGCCUGCUGCAGCAACAGUGUUCAUGGUGUGUCUGUUCGUCGUCUCCUGUGUGGCACUGAACGCCGUGCACCAGACCGCGUCCCGUCUGACUUGGUCGUUCGCUCGAGACGAAGCAUUGUUUUUCUCUCGCAAACUAGCAAGCCUUGGCCAGCGUGAAACUUGCCGAGGACAGCUCGUCGAGUCCUACGGGGGACUCCACGACUUCGAGAAGCAGGACCCGCGAAUCGAUUAUGCCCCGAGCGAUCAACCGGAGGCGCCCCUGCGCGACAUCAGCGGGUGGAAGUGGUACCGGACUCUGCUACCCGUCAUCGUGGAGGAAUUCGGUGACAUCCAGAAGCUGUCGUGGCUGAGUGCCGCCUUUCGGCUGUGCGCCCCGACCACUUCAACGUCAAGUGGUUCUACGUCUUCCACGUCGCCGCUCGACCAUCUGUGGCGCGAUGCCGUCCAUGACCGUCAUGAUCUGGGCCGCGCCAUCGCCGCCGCUACCACCACCCUGGCCGAGCGACCGGUGUACGUCUCUUGCACCGGCUUCACCUGGGGCUUCGGCAUAGUGCUGGGCCCCGCGAUCAGUCCUCAGUGGGCUGGCAUGGCCUUCUAUAUCAGCCGGUUUAUCGGCGCCGUCUAUGGCCCCUUCUAUCUCUUCCUGAUCCCCAGCAAAGACCCUCGCCCCGGCGCCUCCAUCCGUGAGCGCGUGGCGGAGCUCGACUACCCCGGCAUCGUGCUGCAGGGCGGGUGCUGA